AUUGAAUAUUCAAAAACUAAAUCGAUGCGGGCUCGCAAGUCAGUCGUUUGUCAGGCUUCAAGCCAAACGGUUCGAUUCGAAAGUGAUUUUUUGAAAGUGAUUCGAAAGCGAUUUGAAAGCGAUAGCUGCGUGCGAUAGGCGAUAGGUGGAAGUGGACCAGGUGGGAGUGAAAGCGGAGCAAUCGAUAGCCAGGCGCACCAAUGAGCGGCGUGGGUGGGAAGGAGACGGAGGACAGCGGUACGACGGAACAGCUGCAACGUGAUAGGGACAGGGAACGGGAACGGGAUCUCAAGGAGCUGCUCGAGUGGUUCCGGCAAAAUGAGAAGCUGCCCAAGGAAAUUGAGCCGCUGCUGCUCCGGCGCUUCUACCAGUGCAUGUUUGGGAACGUGGAGGAGACCCAGAAGCUCAUCGAGGUGAACUACGCCCUGCGCAACCGGCAUCCGCAUCUUUUCAUCCAGAGGGAUCCUUUGGAUGCGGACAGCCGGCGCACCUUCGACUACGCUGACAUCCUACCGCUGCCGGGUCUAACACCGGAGAAAUAUAAGGUAUCGCUCUACUGUUUCCGGGACUUUGAGGCCACCAAGAUGCACCACACGGAGGACACGCGCGCCUUUUUCAUGGUCAGCGAUUGUCGCUUUGUUACGCCCGACGAUCCCGGAAACCCGGAAAUUUUAUCCGAAGGCGAGGUGCAGAUCUUCGAUAUGAAGGGCACCACCAUGCGGCACAUUUCCCGGCUGACGAUCAGCACUCUGCGCGCCUACAUCAAGUUCCUCCAGUUGGCCUUUCCCGUGCGCCUGCGCGCCAUCCACAUGGUCAACUGUCCCACUUACUUGGAUCGGAUCGUCAGUGUGGUGAAGCCGUUUAUCAGCGAAGAGGUCUUCAAACUGAUCCGCUUCCACACGGUCAGCAUGGAGUCCUUGUACGAAUUUGUGCCCCGGGCGAUGCUGCCGGAGGAAUAUGGCGGAGGGGCCGGAUCCCUGGAAACCCUGCGGACACAGACUCAAAAGACCUUGGUUGAGCAUCGUGACUAUCUGAUGAAUCCCAAUCACUGGGUGGUGGAGAAAACCGAGAAGCGUAACGGAAACUCAUGGAGAUUUUUCAAAUAAUUGGAGAGGGCAUAAUUGUUCUUACUCGUUAAUUGGUAUUGUUUUUUUUUCAUAUUUAUAGACUUUAUAUAUGUGCCUGUGUAUUUAAAUGGUUCCUGCGGCAUUUCGUAUCUUAAAUAAAGCUCAUAUUGUAA